AUGCGGAUACAGCUUCCACAGAGAACACUGCUCAGUAUGGCCCUCAGUCUCCUGUUCCUGAACAUGGCACGGGCCACACGCGGCUGCUCCAGCUCUUCUGCACAGCUCCUCAGCCAGCUGCUGAAUCAGGCGAACAUCACGGGGAACACGGAAUCACUCAUGGAGCCCUAUCUCCUCCUCCAAGGCCUGAACACAACUACCCUGAGAGCUGCCUGCACCGAGCACCCUGUGGCUUUCCCGAGUGAGGACAACCUACGGGCACUGAGCAAGCCUCGUUUCCUGAACACUGUCCACGCCACACUGGGCAGAGUCUGGCACCAACUGGGUGCUUUAAGACAGCAAUUUCUGAACAUUAAGAAUUUUCCAGAGCUGAAGAGGGCCAGGGGGAACAUUCAAGGCAUCAGGAACAAUGUCUACUGCUUGGCCCAGCUGCUCCACCACCACCUGGAGAUACCUGAGCCCACACAAGCAGGCUCUGGGGCCUUGCCGUCCACUACCACACCAAGCAUUUUCCAGGCCAAGAUAGACAGCUGCCGCUUCCUGUGGGGCUACCACAGCUUCAUGGGCUCAGUAGGGAGGGUCUUCAGGGAGUGGGGAGAUGGCCCUAGUCGCAGACGGAGACGGAGACGGCUCUAG